AGAGGAGUAGCAGCGCGGAGCUGCGAGCCGACAGUGGAGGCUAUCAGAGUCUAAGCAGGCUCCUCAACAGCCAUGGCCGAAGGAGGUGAAGGGGAAGAUGAAAUUCAGUUCUUAAGAACUGAUGAUGAAGUGGUCCUCCAGUGUGUUGCCAACAUCCAGAAAGAACAUCGCAAGUUCUGCCUGGCAGCUGAAGGACUUGGUAAUCGCCUCUGCUACUUAGAGCCAACAUCAGAGGCAAAGUAUGUUCCGCCGGACCUGUGCAUCUGUAACUUUGUGCUGGAGCAGUCCCUGUCGGUGCGGGCCCUGCAGGAGAUGCUGGCCAACACUGUGGAGAAUGCUAGUGAAGGAGCUGCUCAAGGAGGAGGACAUAGAACUCUUCUUUAUGGUCAUGCCAUUCUUCUUCGACAUUCUUUCAGUGGAAUGUACUUAACCUGUCUGACUACAUCAAGAUCCCAGACGGAUAAGCUGUCUUUUGAUGUGGGACUGCAAGAGGAUGCAACAGGUGAAGCAUGCUGGUGGACUAUUCAUCCAGCCUCCAAGCAGAGAUCAGAAGGAGAGAAGGUGCGCAUUGGUGAUGACCUCAUCCUGGUCAGUGUCUCCUCAGAGAGGUACCUGCAUCUGUCCUUCUCUAAUGGGAAUAUACAGGUGGAUGCAUCUUUCAUGCAGACACUGUGGAAUGUACAUCCUACCUGCUCAGGCAGCAGUGUAGAAGAAGGAUACUUGCUUGGUGGCCAUGUAAUGCGUCUGUUUCAUGGUCACGAUGAGAGUCUAACCAUCCCAGGGUCUGACCAAAGUGAUGAACAAAGGAGGAUAGUGAACUAUGAGACAGGUGGAGCAGGUGCCCGGGCCAGGUCUUUAUGGAGGUUGGAACCACUUCGGAUCAGCUGGAGUGGGAGUCACAUUCGCUGGGGCCAGCCUUUCCGUGUUCGUCACCUUACAACAGGACACUACCUGGCUCUGACAGAGGACCGUGGCCUUGUGCUUCAAGACAGAGAGAAGUGUGACACAAAGUCCACAGCGUUUUGCUUCAGAGCGUCAAAGGAAAAACUGGAAUCCAGCCCAAAGCGUGACAUUGAAGGCAUGGGGGCGGCUGAAAUUAAGUAUGGGGAUUCAAUUUGCUUUGUUAUGCAUGUGGCCAGUGGACUGUGGCUGUCCUACCAAGCACCCGAUGCGAAAUCUGCUCGACUUGGGCCUCUGAAAAGAAGGGCUAUUCUUCAUCAAGAAGGGCACAUGGAUGAUGGUCUGACCUUACAACGCUGCCAGCAUGAGGAAUCCCAAGCGGCCCGCAUCAUACGCAAUACAUCCAAACUUUUCAGUCAGUUUAUCAGUGAUCUGGAUAGCCUGAGUGGAAAGAAUAGAACAUCUGUGGCCCUGCCUAUUGAGGAGGUUCUGCAGACCCUGAAUGACCUCAUCACCUACUUCCAGCCUCCAGAGGAAGAGUUAGAGCAUGAGGAGAAACAGAACAAGCUGCGCUCACUGAAGAACCGACAAAACCUAUUCAAAGACGAGGGGAUGCUGACUUUAGUUUCGAACUGUAUCGACCGGCUCAAUGUGUACAACAGUGCCGCCCAUUUUGGAGAGUACGCAGGCGAGGAGGCUGGGGCUGCCUGGAAGGAUAUUCUGAACCUGCUUUAUGAAUUACUUGCUGCCCUGAUUCGUGGAAACAGAAACAACUGUACUCAGUUCUCCGAUAACCUGGACUGGUUGGUCAGCAAACUGGACAGACUGGAGUCCUCAUCAGGAAUUCUUGAAGUUCUUCACUGCAUCUUAAUUGAAAGCCCAGAAGCCCUGAAUAUCAUACAGAAAGGUCAUAUCAAAUCUAUCAUUUCCCUUCUGGAUAAACAUGGACGCAAUUACAAGAUUUUGGACGUGCUGUGCUCCCUGUGUGUAUGUAAUGGAGUGGCUGUGAGAGCCAAUCAGAACCUCAUCUGUGAUAAUUUGCUUCCCAGAAGAGAUUUGCUUCUCCAGACCCGUUUAGUUAAUGAUGUCCAAAGCAUGAGGCCAAAUAUUUUCCUGGGGGUCAGCGAGGGCUCAGCCCAGUAUAAGAAGUGGUAUUAUGAGCUGAUGAUUGACCAAGUUGACCACUUUGUGACGAGUGAGCCCUCUCACCUGCGAGUUGGCUGGGCCACAACAAAGGGGUACGCCCCAUACCCAGGGGGAGGAGAAGGCUGGGGAGGGAAUGGUGUUGGAGACGACCUCUACUCCUUUGGGUUUGAUGGACUUCACCUUUGGUCAGGGCGUAUUCCUCGGGCUGUGGCUUCCAUAAAUCAGCACCUCCUGAGCUCAGAUGAUGUUGUCAGUUGCUGCCUAGACUUGGGAGUACCCAGCAUUUCAUUUCGGAUCAAUGGGCAGCCAGUCCAGGGCAUGUUCGAGAAUUUCAACACUGAUGGCCUCUUCUUCCCGGUGGUCAGCUUCUCUGCUGGAGUCAAGGUGCGUUUCUUGCUGGGUGGCCGCCAUGGCGACUUCAAGUUCUUGCCCCCCUCUGGCUAUGCUCCAUGCUAUGAAGCCCUGCUUCCCAAGGAGAAGAUGCGGGUGGAGCCUGUGAAGGAAUACAAGCGGGAUUUCGAAGGCGUACGGGAUUUACUGGGUACCACUCAGUUCCUUUCCCAAGCCUCCUUUAUCCCCACUCCUGUAGAAACUAGCCAGAUUGUGAUGCCUCCACACCUUGAAAAAGUCAGAGAUAAAUUAGCAGAAAAUAUCCAUGAAUUGUGGGGGAUGAACAAGAUAGAACUUGGUUGGUCCUAUGGCAAGGUGCGGGAUGACAACAAAAGGCAGCAUCCCUGUCUUGUGGAUUUCUCCAAACUGCCUGAAACAGAAAAGAAUUAUAACCUCCAGAUGUCCACUGAAACCUUAAAGACAUUAUUGGCUUUGGGAUGCCAUGUCGUUCAAGUAAAUGUGAAUGCAGAAGAAGAUCUGAAAAAAAUGAAACUUCCAAAGAACUAUAUGAUGUCAAAUGGUUAUAAACCUGCGCCACUGGAUCUUUCUGAAGUAAAACUGAUUCCUGCACAGGAAGUUCUAGUUGAUAAACUUGCCGAAAAUGCACAUAAUGUUUGGGCAAAAGACAGAAUUAAACAAGGAUGGACCUAUGGCAUUCAGCAGGAUUUGAAGAGCAAAAGGAAUCCUCGUUUGGUGCCAUAUGCUUUAUUAGAUGAGCGCACAAAGAAAUCAAACCGAGACAGCCUCCGUGAGGCUAUCCGGACACUAAUAGGAUAUGGAUAUAACAUUGAACCUCCUGACCAGGAAGGUGCUGGCCAGACUGUGGAGAGGUUGAGCAUCGAUAAGAUCCGUUUUUUCCGUGUGGAGAAGACUUAUGCAGUGAAAACUGGAAAGUGGUACUUUGAGUUUGAGGCAGUCACUGGUGGAGAUAUGCGCGUUGGCUGGGCCAGGUCGGGCUGUAGGCCUGACAUGGAGUUGGGUUUGGAUGACCAAGCGUUUGUGUUUGAUGGAUUCAGGGGACAUCGUUUGCAUCAGGGUAGUUGGUUUUUUGGUCGCAGCUGGCGUGCAGGGGAUGUUGUUGGCUGCAUGAUUAAUUUGGAAGACAAGUCCAUGAUCUUCACCCUAAAUGGAGAAAUCCUCAUCACCAACAAAGGAUCGGAGCUUUGCUUUGCUGAUUUUGAAGUGGAAGAUGGUUUCAUUCCAGUGUGUAGCCUGGGUCUCUCCCAGAUUGGCCGCAUGAACCUUGGCAAGGAUGCUAGCACCUUUAAAUACUACACAAUGUGUGGUCUUCAAGAAGGCUUUGAGCCUUUUGCUGUCAAUAUGAACCGUGAAGUAACUAUGUGGUUCAGUAAACGAUUGCCUACUUUUGUCAACGUGCCAAAGAACCACCCCCACAUUGAGGCCACUAGAAUCGACGGCACUGUUGACAGUCCACCAUGUCUCAAAGUGACCCACAGAACCUUUGGAACCCAGAACAGUAAUGCAGACAUGGUCUAUUGCCGCCUCAGCAUGCCUGUCGAGUUCCAUUCAACAUUUAAAAACACGGGCAUUUCUGACGCUGAAGGAAUGCAUGACGAUGAGUCCCUGAAAGCAAAGCAGAGGUUUCCACUGAAAUCCCAAAAACAAGUUGAUGAAACCUCUGCAAGAAGGGCAGAAUUUGGCAAUAUCACAAUGUAUUACCAUUCUGUGCGAAUAUUUGGAGGCCAGGACCCCUCCUGUGUGUGGGUGGGAUGGGUCACACCUGACUACCAUUACUACAGCCACAACUUUGACCUCAGCAGGAACCGCACUGUCACGGUAACGCUGGGAGACGAGAGGGGGCGAGUCCACGAGAGUGUUAAAAGAAGUAACUGCUACAUGGUGUGGGGGGGAGAUGUCAUCAACACCUCCCACACAUCCAGUCGCACAAAUGUGGAUCUAGAAAUUGGAUGUUUAAUUGAUCUGGCCACUGGCCUUGUGUCCUUUACUGCCAAUGGAAAAGACAUGGGAACUUCAUACCAGGUUGAGCCAAAUACUAAGCUGUUCCCUGCAGUGUUCGUACGACCUACUAGCUCCAAACUGUUUCAGUUUGAACUUGGGAAAGUAAAGAACUUCAUGCCACUGUCCUCAGCCAUAUUUAAGAGCGAGCACAAGAACCCCAUCCCACAGUGUCCACCCCGCCUGGACAUACAGACCAUCACCCCUGUGCUGUGGAGCCGGAUGCCCAACACCUUUCUGAAGGUGGAGACAGCGCGGGUCAGUGAGCGACAUGGCUGGGUGGUUCAAUGCCUUGAGCCCUUGCAGAUGCAGGCAGUGCACAUCCCAGAGGAAAACAGAUGUGUGGACAUUUUGGAGCUUUCUGAACAAGAGGAUUUGAGGAUGUUCCAUUACCAUACCCUCAGACUCUACUGUGCUCUUUGUGCGUUGGGCAACAACCGCGUGGCACAUGCUCUCUGUAGUCAUGUGGACCAGUCUCAGCUCCUUUACACUAUCGACAACCAGUAUCUGUCAGGCAAGCUGAGAGAGGGCUUCUACGACCUGCUCAUCAGCAUGCACCUUGAGACUGCUAAGGAAGCCAGGCUAAUGAUGAACAACGAGUUCAUCAUUCCCAUCACGGAUGAAACCAGGAGCAUCCGGCUGUUCCCGGAUGAAUCCAAAAAGCACUCCCUCCCCGGGGUUGGUCUUUCCACCUCCCUCAAGCCGCGGCUCAACUUCUCUCCCCCAUGCUUGAUCACCACCAAAGGAGAGCAGCAGCUGCACAGCCCGCAGAUCCCACUGGAUAUCCUGAAGGAGAAAGCCAUCAGCAUGCUGACAGAGGCUGUGCAGGGAGGGGGGCAUCACAUCCGGGAUCCUGUGGGGGGCAGUGUGGAGUUCCAGUUCGUGCCCAUCCUGAAGCUGAUUGGAACCCUGCUGAUCAUGGGGGUGCUCAGCAAUGACAAUGUUAAACAGAUCCUGCUGCUCAUUGACCCCAACGUCUUUGGGGAACGGAAGGAGGAAGAGCCGGAGGAGACCAAGGAGAAGGAAGAAGUGACCAGCAAUGAAGAGAAGGCUGUGGAGGCCGGGGAGGAAGAGGCCAAAGACUCCAAGCAACCCAUGAAGGGUCUGUUGGAGAAGAGGCUACCUGAGUCUGUCAAGCGACAGAUGUGUGAGCUCCUUCAUUACUUCUGUGACUGUGAGCUGCGAAACAGGAUCGAGGCCAUUGUGUCUUUCUCAGACAGUUAUGUGUCGAAGCUUCAGCAAAAUCAGAAAUUUAGGUACAAUGAGCUGAUGCAGGCCCUCAACAUGUCUGCUGCAGUGACUGCCAAAAAAACCAGGGAAUUCCGUUCGCCCCCACAGGAGCAGAUUAACAUGCUUCUGCAGUUCAGUGCUGGGGAUGACUGCCCCUGUCCAGAAGAAAUUCGAGAGGAACUGUAUGACUUCCACGAUGACCUUCUAUUGCAUUGCGGAAUCCCGAUAGAAGAGGAAGAGGAGGAGGCGCAGGACACAUCAAUCAAAGGCCGGCUCCUCUCCCUCGUUUACAAAAUAAAAGGAGCCCCCCAAAAGCAAGAGGCGGAGCCCACUGAGGAAACACAAUCUGCGCCCUCCAAUUUGAAGGAGCUGAUCUCUCAGACAAUGGUGAGCUGGGCCCAGGAAUGCCACAUUCAGGACCCUGAGCUGGUGAGGGUGAUGUUCAGUCUUCUGCGGAGGCAGUACGACAGUAUUGGGGAGCUCCUGCGCUCCAUGAGGAAGAGCUACACCAUUAGUGCCAUCUCCGUUCAGGAUACCAUCAACCUUCUGGCUUCACUGGGACAGAUCCGCUCCCUGCUCAGUGUGCGCAUGGGGAGAGAGGAGGAGAUGCUGAUGAUCAACGGACUGGGGGAUAUCAUGAACAAUAAAGUAUUCUAUCAGCAUCCCAAUCUGAUGAGAGUGCUUGGCAUGCAUGAGACUGUCAUGGAAGUGAUGGUUAAUGUCCUUGGGGGAGACAAGUCUCAGGUAAUUUCAUAUAUCAAAAAUGCUGCCCUCUGCUGUCCAUUUUCCUAGGGUUGUACUUUCUGUGAAAGAGUAAAUUCACAGAAAAGACUUAUUAGUAGUAUUUUGAAAAACAGAAGAAUGUGUAUGAAAUAGGGUGCUAUGUGAGCUGUGUGCUUUAUGUUUCUAGCAUCUCCAGCCAUGAGGGGCUCUACCCCACUAGAUGUGGCUGCAGCCUCAGUGAUGGACAAUAAUGGACUGGCCCUGGCACUAGAGGAACCAGACCUGGACAAGGUUGUAACAUACUUGGCUGCCUGUGGCCUCCAGAGCUGCCCCAUGCUGUUGGCUAAAGGAUACCCAGACAUCGGGUGGAAUCCCAUUGAGGGCGAGCGAUAUCUAUCUUUCCUUCGUUUCGCAGUCUUUGUCAAUGCUGAAAGCGUUGCGGAGAACUCCAGCGUAGUAGUCAAGCUGCUUAUCCGUCGUCCUGAGUGCUUUGGCCCAGGUCUUCGGGGUGAGGGUGGGAAUGGCCUCCUGGCAGCCAUGAAAGAGGCCAUCAUGAUCUCAGAAAACCCAGCUCUGGAUGUUCCCCCUGCACUACAGGGUGUUCACCGUGAUGUAUCUGUGGAUGGCGAGGAAGAGGAGGAGGUUGUCCAUAUGGGCAAUGCUAUAAUGUCUUUCUAUUCUGCUCUAAUCGAUUUGCUGGGGCGCUGUGCUCCAGAGAUGCAUCUGAUUAACAAAGGGAAAGGUGAAGCUCUCCGAAUUAGAGCUAUUCUGCGCUCCCUUGUGCCCACAGAGGACCUGGUGGGCAUCAUCAGCAUACCACUAAAAAUGCCAACUGUGAAUAAAGACGGCACUGUGACGGAGCCGGACAUGUCGGCCAGUUUCUGUCCCGAUCACAAGGCUCCCAUGGUGCUUUUCCUGGACCGCGUUUACGGUAUCGAGGACCAAAGUUUUCUGCUCCACCUGCUUGAGGUUGGCUUCCUGCCAGACUUGCGGGCGUCGGCCUCCCUUGACACGGAAGCACUGAGCACUACUGAAACAGCUCUGGCCCUGAAUAGGUACAUCUGUUCAGCAGUGCUGCCUGUUCUUACACGCUGUGCGUCACAGUUUGAGGGCACAGAGCACUACGCCCCUCUUAUAGACUCCACGCUGCACACCAUCUACCGCCUUUCCAAAGGCCGCUCACUCACCAAAGCCCAGAGAGAUGCCAUCGAAGAAUGCUUGCUCUCAAUUUGUAGAUACCUGCGCCCAUCGAUGCUCCAGCAGCUUUUGCGGCGCCUAGUCUUUGAUGUUCCUUUGCUGAAUGAGUAUUGCAAGAUGCCUUUAAGGCUAUUAACCAACCAUUAUGAACAGAGCUGGAAGUACUACUGUCUCCCAUCCGGUCUGGGCAGUUACGGCAUGGCAUCUGAGGAGGAAGUUCUUCUGACAAAAAAGCUCUUCUGGGGAAUAUUUGAAUCUCUUUCUCAAAAGAAGUACGAUCCUGAACUCUUUAAAAUGGCCAUGCCUUGCCUCAGUGCUAUUUCUGGUGCCCUGCCACCUGAUUAUGUGGAUUCCAGUAUAACCACCACAUUGGAAAAACAGGCGUCAGUGGAUGCCCAGGGCAACUUUGACCCCAAACCUAUCAGUACUGCCAAUAUUUCCCUUCCAGAAAAAUUAGAGUAUAUUGCCAACAAAUAUGCUGAGCAUUCCCAUGAUAAAUGGGCUUCAGAAAAGUUGCCAAGUGGUUGGAAAUAUGGGGAGACCUUAGAUGAGAAACUGAAGACUCAUCCUUUGCUGAGGCCUUACAAGUCAUUAACGGAGAAGGAGAGAGAGAUUUAUCGCUGGCCUGUUAAGGAGUCAAUUAAAAGCAUGCUGGCCAUGGGCUGGAAUAUCGAGAGAACCAAAGAGGGUGAAGUCAUGUUUCAGCAAAGGGAAAGUGAAAAACUGCGAAAGAUAUCUCAGUCUUCACAGGGAAAUGGUUACAGCCCAUGUCCAGUUGACAUGACCAAUGUUGUUCUGUCCAGAGAGCUUCAGGCAAUGGUAGAGGUUGUGGCAGAAAACUACCAUAAUAUAUGGGCUAAAAAGAAGAAAAUUGAAUUGGGAAGCAGAGGUGGUGGGGGUCAUCCAUUGCUGGUACCUUAUGAUACCUUAACUGCCAAGGAGAAGGCAAGGGACAGAGAGAAGGCCCAGGAACUGUUCAGAUUCCUCCAGAUUAAUGGUUAUGCCAUUACAAGAGGUUUAAAGGAUAUGGAGCAGGAUGCCUCUUCAAUGGAAAAAAGAUUUGCAUAUAAAUUCUUGAAGAAGCUACUGAAAUACGUCGAUUCGGCUCAGGAAUUUAUAGCUCACUUGGAGGCUAUGGUUAGCAGUGGUAAAGCUGACAAAUCACCACACGAGCAAGAAAUCAAGUUUUUUGCCAAGGUUCUUCUUCCGCUGAUAGACCAAUACUUCAAGAAUCAUUCUCUGUACUUCCUGUCAUCUCCCAUUAAGACCCUGAGCAGCAGUGGCUAUGCUUCCAACAAGGAAAAGGAAAUGGUGACCAGCCUGUUCUGUAAACUGGCAGCUCUUGUCAGGCACAGGAUUUCUCUCUUUGGAAGUGACUCUGCUACAAUGGUGAGCUGUCUGCACAUCCUGGCACGAACCCUUGAUACCAGAACUGUGAUGAAAUCAGGGUCAGAGCUUGUGAAAGCUGGGCUUCGAACCUUCUUUGAGAGUGCAGCUGAAGAUCUGGAGAAAACCCUGGAGAAUCUGAAACUGGGGAAAUUCACCCACUCCAGAACCCAGAUGAAAGGAGUUUCUCAGAACAUCAACUACACCACUGUAGCCCUCUUACCCAUCCUCACAUCACUCUUUGAGCAUAUCACACAGCACCACUUUGGCAUUGAUCUCAUUUUGGAUGAUGUUCAGGUCUCCUGCUACCGUAUCCUGUGCAGUCUUUACUCCCUGGGGACAGGAAAGAACAUCUACGUUGAGAGGCAGCGACCAGCCCUGGGAGAGUGUUUGGCCACCCUGGCAGGAGCCAUGCCCGUGGCUUUCCUGGAGCCUCACCUCAACAUGCACAACCCUCACUCCGUCUUCAACACCAAGUCUCCGCGGGAGAGAGCCAUUCUAGGGAUGCCUGAUACCGUUGAGGAAAUGUGUCCUGAAAUGCCACGCUUGGAUGGGUUAAUGAAGGACAUAAACGAUAUGGCAGAGUCCGGUGCCCGCUACACUGAAAUGCCCCAUGUCAUCGAGGUCAUUCUGCCCAUGCUGUGUAACUACCUGUCAUACUGGUGGGAGAGAGGCACAGAGAAUACUGAGAGCAGCAGCCCCUGCUGUACCAUGGUCACCUCAGAACACCUCAGCAUCAUCCUUGGAAACAUCCUGAAAAUCUUAAAUAACAACCUGGGAAUUGACGAGGCAUCUUGGAUGAAGAGGAUCGCUGUGUAUGCACAGCCCAUCAUUAGUAAGGCCAGAGCAGACCUGCUAAAGACGCACUUCCUGCCCACACUGGAGAAACUAAAGAAGAAGACGGUGAAAGUGGUGGCAGAGGAGGAGAUGCUGAAGGCUGACAGCAAAGGAGACACGCAGGAGGCUGAGCUGCUCAUUCUGGAUGAGUUUGCCGUACUCUGCAGGGAUCUCUAUAGCUUUUACCCCAUGCUGAUACGUUAUGUGGAUAACAACAGGUCCCGCUGGUUGAAAGAGCCUGAUGCUGAUUCUAAUGAGCUCUUCAGGAUGGUCGCUGAAAUAUUCAUCCUUUGGUGUAAAUCACAUAACUUUAAGAGAGAAGAGCAAAAUUUUGUGGUUCAAAAUGAAAUCAACAACCUGUCCUUCCUAACAGGAGAAAACAAGACCAAGAUGUCUAAGUCCAUGCACUUAAAGACAGGAGGCCAGGACCAGGAGAGAAAGAGGACAAAGCGCCGUGGGGAGUUUUAUUCCAUCCAGACCUCCCUGAUUGUAGCAGCCCUUAAAAAGAUGCUGCCAAUUGGCUUGAACAUGUGCACUCCGGGUGACCAAGAGCUAAUUUCUUUGGCAAAAUACAGAUACAGUUUGAAAGAUACAGAUGAAGAGGUCAUAGAUCAUUUGCGCCAAAACUUGCACUUGCAAGAAAAGUCAGAGGACCCUGCAGUGAGGUGGCAGUUGAACCUGUACAAGGAUGUGGUCGUGAAGAGUGAAGAACCACCGGAUCCAGAGCGCACUGUCAGCAGGGUUCAGAGAAUCUCAGCUGCAGUCUUCCACCUGGAACAGGUUGAGCAGCCUCUAAGGUCCAAGAAAGCUGUGUGGCACAAACUUUUGUCCAAACAACGAAAGCGUGCUGUGGUAGCCUGCUUCCGAAUGGCUCCUCUGUACAAUCUACCAAGGCAUCGCUCUAUUAACCUCUUCCUCCAGGGUUAUCAGAGGUUUUGGAUAGAGACAGAGGAGUACUCCUUUGAGGAGAAGCUAGUGCAGGACCUGGCAAGACCCCAGAAAAAGACAGAAGAGGAUGAAGAGGAGGAGGCAGAGAAGCAGCCUGACCCCCUUCACCAGCUCAUCUUACACUUUAGCCACAAUGCCCUGACAGAAAGGAGUUCUCUGGAAGAAGAUCCAUUGUAUAUUGCAUAUGCGGACAUGAUGGCAAAGAGCUGCCAAGGGGAGGAAGAGGAUGAAGAGGAAGGAAAAGAGAAGACCUUUGAGGAAAAGGAAAUGGAGAAACAAAAGACCCUGUACCAGCAGGCCAGACUGCAUGACCGUGGGGCUGCAGAGAUGGUACUUCAGAUGAUAAGUGCCAGCAAAGGUCAAUUGGGACCCAUGGUAACUUACACACUGAAGCUUGGUAUUGCCAUUCUAAAUGGUGGCAAUGUUGUUGUCCAGCAGAAAAUGCUGGACUACCUGAAGGAAAAAAGGGAUGCUGGCUUUUUCAAGAGUUUGUCAGGACUCAUGCAGUCAUGCAGUGUCCUGGACUUGAAUGCAUUUGAAAGACAAAAUAAAGCUGAGGGUCUUGGAAUGGUGACUGAGGAGGGUUCACUCAACGUGCGUGAGCAGGGUGAGAAAGUUCUCCAAAAUGAUGAGUUCACAAAGGAUCUAUUUAGGUUCUUGCAACUGCUCUGUGAAGGUCACAACAAUGAUUUCCAGAACUUCCUACGUACCCAGACAGGAAACACCACGACAGUCAACAUCAUCAUCAGCACAGUAGACUACCUGCUUCGUCUGCAGGAAUCCAUCAGCGAUUUCUACUGGUACUACUCAGGAAAGGAAGUCAUGGAUGAACCGGGACAGCGCAACUUCUCCAAGGCAUUAGCAGUGGCAAAGCAAAUUUUUAACUCCCUCACAGAAUACAUCCAAGGUCCCUGUAUUGGCAACCAGCAGAGUCUGGCACACAGUAGGCUCUGGGAUGCUGUUGUUGGCUUUCUUCAUGUUUUUGCAAACAUGCAGAUGAAGCUCUCCCAGGAUUCAAGUCAGAUUGAACUACUGAAAGAGCUGCUGGACUUGCAGCAAGACAUGGUAGUCAUGAUGCUGUCUCUUCUGGAAGGUAAUGUUGUAAAUGGAACAAUUGGAAAGCAAAUGGUGGAUACCCUUGUGGAGUCCUCGAGCAAUGUGGAAAUGAUCCUUAAAUUCUUUGACAUGUUCCUCAAACUGAAAGACUUGACAUCCUCCGAUGCCUUUAAAGAAUAUGACCCUGAUGGGAAGGGUGUCAUUUCCAAAAAGGAGUUCCAGAAAGCAAUGGAGAGCCAGAAGCAGUACACCCAAUCGGAGAUUGAGUUUCUCCUGUCCUGUGCAGAAGCCGAUGAAAAUGACAUGUUCAACUAUGUGGAAUUUGUUGAGCGCUUCCAUGAACCUGCUAAGGACAUUGGCUUCAAUGUAGCUGUGCUUUUGACCAAUUUAUCAGAGCACAUGCCUCAUGACUCUCGACUCGGGGCUUUCCUGGAAUUGGCUGAGAGUGUGCUGAAUUACUUUGAACCCUAUUUAGGACGCAUUGAAAUAAUGGGGGGUGCAAAGCGGAUUGAAAGGGUCUACUUUGAGAUCAGUGAGUCUAGCAGAACUCAAUGGGAGAAGCCACAGGUCAAGGAGUCAAAGAGACAGUUCAUCUUUGAUGUUGUCAAUGAAGGUGGGGAGAGUGAGAAGAUGGAGCUCUUUGUGAACUUCUGUGAGGACACCAUCUUUGAGAUGCAGCUGGCAUCACAGAUCUCAGAGCCUGAUGUCACAGAGAGGUCAGAUGAGGAUGAAGAAGAACCUCACAAUAUCCUGGAAGAGUUGGAAACUGAAGAAGAAGACAGUGCAUCUCUGGAGUCCUCCUCAGCCUUUGCCAUUGCCUGUGUUUCUAUGAAGAAGAAUUUCGCUCAUUUCAUGCAGCUUCUUACUUUCAGAAACCUCAAGAAACAGUACAAGAAAUUCAAGAAGAUGAGCAUGAAGGAGAUGAUUAAAGUGUUCUUCUCUUUCUUCUGGAUGAUAUUUGUGGGACUCUUCCGCUUUGUUUACACUUUGGUGUGGGGACUGAUCCAGAUUGUGUGGUCAUCAAUGUUUGGUGGUGGCUUGGUUGAAGGUGCAAAGAACAUGAAGGUGACAGAUAUCUUAGGAAAUAUGCCCGAUCCAACACAGUUCGGCAUCCAUGGUGAUGUCCUGGAAGCAGAAAAGGCUGAAAUGAGUGAAUCAACAGCGUCAUCAGACCUUGUACAGUUAGCAAAAGGUGAAAAGGGAGAACCAGAUUUGAUGACCGAGCUAAUAGGUAUCACGACAAAGAAAGAAGGAAAACAUGGUCCAGAGCCCGGCCUUGGUGACAUCUCAGAAAUUAUCGGAACAGAUGCCCCCUCCACUCUUGCAAGUGCUGUCCGUCAAAAGAAAUUGGCUCAGGCAGGAGAUAUGACCAAGGAUACUGAAACAGAUAUAAAGGCAGAGCCAGAAAAGGCAGACACAGAGGAUGGGGAGAAGAAGGACAAGGUGAAGGAAGAUGAGGCUCCAGAGCCUGUGGUGGAGGAGGAGCGAAAGGUCAGGAGGAGAAGACAUGGCCAGAAGAAGGAAGAAUCUGAGGCAUUCAUGGCCACUUUCUGCGCUGGAUUGGAAAUCUAUCAAACUAAGAUACUGAACUACCUGGCCAGAAACUUUUACAACCUUCGUCUUCUGGCUCUGUUUGUAGCCUUUGCCAUCAACUUUAUUCUACUCUUCUACAAGGUGACAGAGGAUCCCUACGAUGAAGAGGAAUCUGACGAGGACUCUGAUCUCUGGAACGGUGAUGAUGAGGAAGAUGAUGAAGGUGGUGUGGUGUACUUCGUGUUGCAAGAGAGUACAGGCUACAUGGCACCCACACUCCGGUUCCUUGCUAUCAUUCAUACUAUCAUAUCCUUGCUCUGUGUCAUUGGAUAUUAUUGUCUGAAGGUGCCUCUGGUCGUGUUCAAGCGUGAAAAGGAAAUUGCCAGGAAGCUCGAGUUCGAUGGCCUGUAUAUAACUGAGCAGCCUUCUGACGAUGACAUCAAAGGACAAUGGGAUCGCCUUGUUAUAAACACUCCGUCCUUCCCCAAUAACUACUGGGACAAAUUUGUUAAACGCAAAGUCAUUAAUAAGUAUGGAGACCUCUAUGGUGCUGAGCGCAUUGGUGAACUGCUGGGUCUAGACAAGAGUGCACUUGACUUUAAUCCCACAGAAGAAGCUGUGGCGAAGGAAGCCACACUAGUAUCCUGGCUCAGCUCUAUUGAUACAAAAUACCAUAUCUGGAAAUUGGGAGUUGUAUUCACUGACAAUUCUUUCCUGUACCUUGCUUGGUACACCACCAUGUCUAUUCUGGGCCAUUACAACAACUUCUUCUUUGCUGCUCAUCUGCUGGACAUUGCAAUGGGUUUCAAGACACUUAGGACCAUCUUGUCUUCUGUAACUCACAAUGGAAAACAGCUCGUGUUGACUGUGGGCCUUCUAGCUGUCGUGGUGUACCUGUACACUGUGGUGGCCUUCAAUUUCUUCCGCAAGUUCUACAACAAGAGUGAGGAUGAGGAUGAGCCUGACAUGAAGUGUGAUGACAUGAUGACAUGCUAUUUGUUCCACAUGUACGUGGGUGUAAGAGCUGGAGGGGGCAUCGGUGAUGAGAUUGAGGACCCCGCUGGUGACCCAUACGAGAUGUACCGUAUAGUCUUCGACAUCACCUUUUUCUUCUUCGUCAUUGUCAUCUUGCUGGCCAUUAUUCAAGGUUUGAUUAUUGAUGCCUUUGGAGAACUGAGAGACCAACAGGAGCAAGUGAGAGAAGACAUGGAGACCAAAUGCUUCAUCUGUGGAAUCGGCAAUGAUUAUUUUGACACGACGCCACAUGGUUUUGAGACACAUACCUUACAAGAGCACAACCUGGCCAACUACCUGUUCUUCUUGAUGUACCUCAUUAAUAAGGAUGAAACAGAGCACACGGGCCAGGAGUCCUACGUGUGGAAGAUGUACCAGGAGAGAUGCUGGGACUUCUUCCCUGCAGGAGACUGCUUCCGUAAACAGUAUGAAGACCAGCUGGGUUAAAGACAGAAGUAUUACCUAGUUGUCAGAUGUGUUAUCUGAAAUCAAAACUGAAACUCCAUACAACUUUAAAAGAAAACUUAAAACCAGCUCUACAAAUGUACUUGACGUGCAUUAAAAAAGAUCACUUAAACAUGCCUGGCUCUUUUAACUUAAAAAGAGUAGAAACUUAAUCAAGACUCUUUUAUAUUAAGAACUACUACUGCAUAUGAACAUGAAUGUUGUCCUGUUACCUACGGUACAGUAAAUAGUGCCAAUUUUACAAGAAACUGCAACUCCAACCUGCCCAGACAUCUUUUUUUUUAUUUUUGAAUAAUUAUUUUGUCAACGUGUUGCCUUUUUUCUAUAUAACCCCAAACCAUUGCACAAAUUUUGGUCUCUUAAGAAACAUUAAGUUCAGUGGGGUUAUGGAUGAAUAUACAGUAGAUGAAUAAGUAUGAAUCUUUGCCCUUAUAUGCACAAGAAUAAAACUUCAGUAUCAACUGAAUAUUGAACUGAGACUUAUGCCAAACAUAGGGCUUGUAGAUUUAACCUUUAAUGCUGGAUCUUACCUGCUUGUUGAUUUAAAUAAAGUUUAAAGGAACUAUUACCAGCUAAAAGGUUGAACAUGCUAUUAAAUGCCUACUAUGAAGUGUCAAAAAAGUGCCUUACUUAAAUAAAGAUAAAGCUAUGCAAAAUGAAGUAUGUUCUUUAUAGUAUGUUAGUGCUCACUUAGUUCUCAAGGAUUAGCAAAAAGCAUAAUUAGGUUAGUUUUGUGGCUUUUGUUUUAAUUUGUUAAAAAUAAAGUGUGUAAAUGCUAUUCAGUCCAGUUGGCAGCAUCUAAGCUGCAAAACAUCACAAAAUAAUGAAAUUGCAACUAUCAAAUCACAUUCAGACUUUAUCAAACACCUUAAAAAGUGCUAUUGUAUGGCCAUUUGUAUGUAGUAGCUUUGCUAAACUGUGCAUUUCUUUUGAGAAAAAAGAAUAAAGUACUCAAUGCAAUAAA